CCUACAGGCAGAUGGCGGGAAUUACACAAUCAGUUAGCUCGUCAACGAUCUCAGAAAAUUAAUUUUGUCAUUAGAUAAAAGAAAACUAGCCGUACGAUCUUCAAGAGAAAGAAAUCAUUUGCUACAGUGAGCUUUGGAAGGUCAAGAUCGAACGCAACGCGCGGAUUAUAGCUUUAGACAUGGAGAUAGCUUCUACGUCAGUUACUGCACGUCAGUGUACCUCUCCUGUGAAACCAGACAAUGAUGCAACUGAGCCAAAGGAGAAAGCCAAGUGUGCUCAGACUCACUUGUUCUCUACCCCAGCUGUACAUUUCUUUACAGAUGCUGAAAAAAUGGCCACUGAAUCACAGUGCUGUGGUGAAGCUUCCAGUAUCAUGGGAGAAAAUGAGUGGUCUCUAGUUCUGGUAACCAAAGAGAUGAUGGAAGAAGAGAAACAGCUGAAGGAAGAAGGAGAAAAAGAAGAGCAGCAACUUCGAAAAGAGCAAGACGAAUUGUGGGAGCAGCUUGAAGAGAACGAUAAAGAACAGCGAUACCAGCGGCUUCAGUUUCUUUUACAACGCAGCAAUAUGUACACCCAGUAUCUCAUCAACCGCAUGAAGAAACAACAAGAAGAGGAGGCAAAACGAAAGGAGAGGCGAGCUCGGAAGCAAGCUAAACAAGAAUAUAAACAGAAAGACAAGGAAGGAAAGCAAGGGAAGAAUGGUGUCAAUGGGAACAUGCAAGAGAGUUGCAGCCAGGAUGCCACAAAUUUUGCUGACAUAUCUGAUUGUCAUCAUAGCCUUCGAAUCAGGAAGCGUAAGCAAGUUCAUGAGCCAAGUAAAAGUUCUCUAGAUGGAGCGCAAAAGAUAAGAGAACCAAAGAGAAGAAAGGUUGCUGAACCAGCACAGGAAGAAGAAACUACAUCACCAAUUUCCUACUCUGACACAGCAGAGACAGCUGACACUUUGAACAAUAAUGCUGAGAAUAGGACUUUUGAUGGUGAAGUAGUAUCAAAUGCUCAACCGCUCCUAGUGACAGGUGGCAUCUUACGACCAUAUCAAAUUGAUGGAUACUUGUGGUUGAAGACCUUGUAUGAAAAUGGAGUAAAUGGAAUUCUAGCUGAUGAAAUGGGACUUGGCAAGACGGUGCAGUGUGUUGCAAUGUUUGCCCACUUGGUCUACAUGGGUGUCAGUGGUCCCUUCCUCAUCUGUGCUCCUCUCUCCACCAUUCCUAACUGGUAUUCCGAGUUCCAGAAGUUUGCACCCAAGGUACCAGUCAUGCUGUACCAUGGUAGCAAAGAUGAACGCCAGUCAUUAAGACAAAAAAUCCCUAAGCUGCAUGAGAUCCGAAAUGGUGUUAAGGUCCAUCCUUGUGUUAUUACAUCAUAUGAAGUGGCCAUGAUGGAUCGCAAAUAUCUCCAGAACUAUGAUUGGCGAUACCUUGUUGUUGACGAAGGGCAUCGCAUUAAGAACACCCACUGCCGUCUCAUAGGUGCUUUGCGCAUGUACAAGACAACAAACCGCUUGCUGCUAACAGGCACCCCACUGCAGAACAAUCUUGCAGAACUGUGGUCCCUACUUAAUUUUCUUUUGCCAGAGAUUUUUGAUGACCUUGGAAGCUUUGAGGCAUGGUUUGACUUAGAACACAUAGGAAAUGGGUCUGCUUGCAAACAGAUUGUGGCUGAUGAGCGGAGGAAAAAUGUUUUAUCCAUGCUGCACCAGAUUCUGACUCCAUUUAUGCUUCGUCGUCUAAAAACAGAUGUGGACUUGCACAUACCUCCUAAGAAGGAGAUCCUAGUGUACACUCCGCUGCGACCAUUACAGCAAGAAUUCUAUGCAGGACUCAUUGACAAAACAAUCUUUUCCAAAAUUCAGACAAAAAAUGGUACAGCCGAGAAAGUUGAGGUUGACAGUAAUGGUCGGCCAGUGCGAAGAUGCAGAGUGGGAAAGGUUGAUUAUGGAUUGAUGAUUGCUAGUGGUAAUGAUGAAAAAGUAAUGAAGACUCGUCGAUCAAUGGAGCAGCAAGAGGAGGAGUUGGAAGAUUGGGUUCAGUCUCUCAUUGGAAUGCAGCAGAAGAGGCAGAGUAAACCAGAACCAGAACAAAAGGUGUCUCAGCUGUCAAUCAAACUUCGCAAUGUGAUGAUGCAGCUGCGCAAAUGUUGUUCCCAUCCAUUCUUACUAGAGCACCCACUUGACCCCAAGACAGGCGAGCUGUCUCUGGAUGAGAGAAUCAUAACAGAAUCAGGCAAGAUGAUGGUGCUCGAUUGCAUGAUGGCAGAACUAAAGAAGCGUGGCCACAAGGUUCUAAUCUUUAGUCAGAUGACCAAGAUGCUUGAUCUCCUGGAGGACUUCUGUCACCUUCGCAACUACGGUUACUGCCGUCUGGAUGGUUCCAUGAAUAUAAUUGACAGGAAAGAAAAUAUGCAGGAAUAUCAGAAAAAUGAAGACAAGUUUGUUUUUCUGCUGAGCACUCGAGCAGGUGGUUUGGGCAUCAACUUAACAGCUGCGGAUACAGUUAUAAUCUAUGACAGUGAUUGGAAUCCUCAGUGUGACCUUCAGGCUCAAGAUCGCUGUCAUCGCAUCGGACAAACGCGGCCAGUGAUGGUUUAUCGGCUUGUGACUGCCAACACUAUUGACCAGCGCAUUGUUGAACGAGCUGCAGCUAAACGCAAACUGGAAAAACUUGUUAUUCACCAGGGCAAGUUCAAGAGUGGCAUAAAGAAUUUCAAGACAUCUUUGGACCCAAUCAGCAGUGAGGAAUUAUUAGAGCUCCUUAAUUCUAAGGACUAUGAGUCAGAGGUCAGAGGUUGUGAUGGUCAAGAAGUCAUCAGCAAGACAGAGCUUGACCAGUUACUGGACAGGUCAGACUUGGAGGCCAAGUGGGCAGCAAAGCGUAACAUAAAUAAUUCAGGCAAUAAACCAAAUGAUCAUGAUCUAGCUUCAGUAGAAAGGUUGCCUUGCAUGUCAGAAUCAUCACCAACAACAGCAGAGAGCAACAUGAAAUGCAAAUCCAAAAGCCAAGAGAUCAGUUGGUCAGGGUCGCACCAGCCACUAUUUAAAGUAUUGGACAUUGAUGAAGACGAUCCAUAGCUCAUGGUUAUUAACUCACAUGAGAGUGUGCACCUGCAAUGAUAGUGGAACAUGUUACAGAAAAAAUGGCAGUGGAAGGUUGAUUGUGAACAGUCUCAAGAAUGGACGUAUUGGUCUGUGUGUUUGUGUGAGAAUGUUGGUGUUUGUGUGUGUUAGAGAGUGAGAAGAGAAAGAGGUUCCAAGUUUCUAAGUAGAACUUUCUUUUCCUAUAUAGAUGAUCUAAGAAACAAGGGCAUUGUUAUACUGAAUUUGUUUUUUCCAGAGUUACAUCAGAGAGAAAUAUAUAGAUGGUAGCAAACUGGCUAUGAAAAAGACUCAUUUUAAACUUUUGAAUUUGUGAAAAUGAUUUUUGUAUGUACCUAAAAUUUUACCAUGUCAUUGACAUUGUUUGAGUUUUCUCUCAUUCUUAUUGGUUUGUUUUGACUUAUUUACUGCACCAGUUGCUCUGCUCAUCGUCAUAUAUGCAGUGAAUAAAGUUUGGAUGACUGUUUAUGACUAUGCUGAGAAGAUUUAGUUGUGAGAUUGAUCAUGCAUCCAAUACCUGGCUUAAAGAAACAGUACAGGGGUAAAAAGCAGGCAUCUUGGAAGAGACAAGUGCACAUGUUUUAAAUAUAAUUUAUGAGAACAGCUUGAUUUUUUUUGGUUUUGUUUUGGUUAGGUUAAUCAAAUUUUUAUGCAUUUCUUAUCUUGUAUCAGUUUAUGAGAACAUCUUUCUUAAUUAUUUUUUUUUGGGGGGUUAGGUUAAUCAAAUUUUUAUACAUUUCUUAUCUUGUAUCAAUAGACGGCUGUAAAAUUGCCAGUUAGAACAAAUUUUUAUUGGUUAAAUCGAUUUAAAAAACUUAAAAACUAGCAUUAUCUGGAUUUCUUACAGAUUUCUGAUUCCAUUAUACAUCACCCUUUUUGCAUAUAACUUAUUUCUGCCUGAAGUGUGAUACAAAUAAAUAUGUCACGAGCUGAGUUCUACCUCUGGGAACUUUCACUACAUGUCUAGUCUGGUGUUAUCAGCUUACAUCACAUGAGAAGAAAAGUAACUUGCAUACUCAGCAGCAUUUACCUUAAUGCAAAAAAAUUAAAAUCUAAAAAGUAAAA